CCUCGCCACUUGAAGUUGUUGUAGUUGUGAAAACAGCUGUUCCGGUCAAGUCUCUCCGUGCUGCUGCUGCUGCUGCUUCUCAACAGACCGACUGACUGCGAUGGAGAAGUCGAUCCAGGUCCUGGUCGCUCUGUGUGCCGCCGCCGCCGCCGUCGGUGUUGUCGCCAUAAUAUUCGUGCUAAGAUGGGUUCUCCAUUAUAAAGAAGGUUUAGCCUGGGAUGGAGGACUGGCUGAAUUCAACUGGCAUCCGGUCUUAAUUGUCAUCGGGUUUAUUAUCUUGCAGGGAACAGCCAUCAUUGUCUACAGGCUCCCCUGGACCUGGAAGUGCAGCAAACUGAUCAUGAAGUUCAUCCACGCAGGCUUGAAUUUACUAGCCUUCACUCUUGUGGUCAUAUCUCUGGUGGCAGUUUUUGACUUCCACAAUGCUGCCAAAAUCCCCAACAUGUACAGUUUGCACAGCUGGCUGGGCCUGAUAGCAGUCAUACUGUACUGUCUACAGCUUGUUCUUGGAGUUGGCAUGUACUUGAUACCAAUUACACCUGCAUCCUGGAGAGCAGCAUUUAUGCCUGUCCACGUCUACAGUGGUCUUUUAAUCUUUACCAGCGUGAUAGCUGUGGCACUCAUGGGCAUCACUGAGAAACUCAUUUUUGGACUGAGCAACCCAAAGUACAAGGACUCUCCCCCAGAGGCCAUUUUCGUGAAUGUCCUGGGACUCCUCCUUGUGGUUUUUGGAGCUCUUAUCCUUUGGAUUGCCACUAGAACAUCUUGGAAACGCCCCAGCGACCAGAUCCCACAUAUUCUGCAUACCAACGGGGGAGGUGAGGACAGCAGCAAAGUUGGUCCAACUAUGUCUCAGCUGUCUGUUGGAGCUGAUGCUGAGCCCUGUUGGGACGUCAGGAGGAGGAGCAACAAAUUAGAUGAGCAGGAUAACUGAUUACAAAAUAACCGGCUCAGGCGGAUACUGUCUUCAGUGUUGAAUGUAUGUACACCAAGUUUACACUGGUCAGAAAAAGUCAAGAGGAGGGAAUCUAUUUUUGCUGGUCUUUUAAAACAUAGCUUUCGCUCUUGCACCUUAUAGUAUAUAGUAUAGUAUUUUGUUAGUAUUUUGCUGUUUCUCAAACAUGUAUUGUUGUAAGAGCAAGUAAAUAAUGGUGAGCUUUAUAACAAGAUUUAGAUGCAGCAGCAACAAACUUUAUUGACAUACACUGUACAAGUUAUGACAAAGUUUUUUAUUCUGAAUUCUUUGUAUUCUGAUAUCUGGGUUUUUUUGAAUAUGAUUCAGUACCUUUCUACAUUUUACAAUAAAUAUUUGCAACUUCUAA